AUGGAGGUGUUGACCUGCGUGAAGAAUACCUUUGUCGAAUUUGCAGAUGCAGAGAGCCCCAAAUUCGAGCACCGACGGAGCAGAUCAAUCGGAUGCCCGCGUGAUCUGCAGUUUCACAAACUCCAGAGUUCCACCAGUCACACUUCGUAUGCUGCACUUGACGAUAUCGGCUUGCACGAGACGGGAGCGACUGGCAAGAAGAAUUCAGAGAUUAUCACGCAGACCCUCAAGAAGCCCGGAACCGGGACGACAGCAGUGGCCCAACUAGCCGCCUCCUUGCCCAAAGGAUACUCCCUUACGCUUACACACCAUGGCGAGCCCGACACCGCGAAGUGCAAGCAUGACAUGACAGACCCCAAGACGACCAGCCACAAAGCGACCGCCGCGGCCAGUGGCAGCCUUCAGGCCCAGGCAACCGCGGCUGUCAGGCAGCCUUUUCAGACGAGGCAGCCUUACACUCCGGCCGGCUACCUGAACGAGAUGCAGGUUCAGAGUCCUAUCUGGUCUCCGGCGCUUGCAUCUGAGAGAGUCCUGUCCUCGACUCCAGCGAUGUCCUGGCAGACUUCUCACUGGCCGUCCCCGAACUCGCCGAACGUCUAUCCUGAUCCACGAUGGCACGCAUUGCACGCUGCACAGUCCUACGGAGCCGGCCACCCUUGGCAAGCACACGGAGCACACGUACCCGGAGCGACGUGGCAUCAGAAUGUCAUGAACACAGCCGUCCCUGCCUACGAUCCUGUGGUGAACAGCGCAGUGGCUGCAGCCGCUGGAGUCGCGUCAAUGGCCAGUCUCGCGAUGGCCUUCAGGCAGAGUCUUGCUUGGCAGAGUCUCUUGGGGGCUGCCCCUUGCAUCAACGAACUCCCAGCUUCUCAAGACUCCGCUGCGCCCCCGCAACCUCCCCCGGGAUGGUGGGGCGCCCAAGUGCAGACCGAGACGGUGCCAGAUCCUCUGCCAUGCGAUGACGAAGAGCCGACCGAGCCAGCUCCCGAAGAGGAGCCUGAGCAGAGUGACCCUCUGCCCGAGCACCCGCAGAAGGGGUGGGCCAGCACUCAAGUCCGCAAGCGCAUGCAUAGACCUCUUCGUGCUCCAUCCCGACGUUGGUGUUGCUUCAAGAUCAAGAUGCAUGCUGACAGGACCUUCCACCCAGUGCGGAUGAUCAUCGGCAAGGGAGGCAACAACACGAAACAGAUCGCGUUGCAAACCGGAGCCAAGGUCAGAAUCCGAGGCCGUGGCUCAGGCCACAUUGAGCCUGCAACCGGCGAGGAGGCCCCCACACCAUUGAUGCUGGUGGUGUCGGCAGACUUCGGCAACACUGAAGGUUACUUCAAUGCGUUGGACAUGAGUCUUGAGCUCUUGCACACCGUCGAAUCUGCUUACAAGGAGCACUGUGCUGCGACGGGCAUCAGAGGAGUCUCUCCCGCACUGGUCAUCGGCAGCAUGUGCGGCUUCACAGCAUCCCAGCUCGACAUGCCGGAGUACGCAGCAAUGACGGCCCGCUGCCUAGCAGCCAUGAAGCAAUACCUCUGA